AUGACGAAGAAGGUUUCAAACGGCUCCGUUUCCGUCGACCUUGGAACGAUCUAUCUUGGUGGCAAGGAGCAUCGUGUUAAAACUGCUUGUGGUGUUGUGUCGGUCAUUGUCUAUGGAGAUCGAGAAAAGCCAGCAUUGAUUACUUAUCCUGAUCUGGCCCUUAACCAUAUGUCAUGCUUCCAAGGAUUAUUCUUCUGCCCUGAAGCAGCUUCUUUGCUACUUCAUAACUUCUGCAUUUAUCAUAUCAGUCCACCCGGUCAUGAGUUAGGAGCUGCUCCGAUUUAUCCUACUGAUCCAGUCCCUUCUGCUGAUGAUUUGGCGGAUCAGAUCCUUGAAGUUCUCAACUUUUUCGGCCUUGGUGCUGUGAUGUGUAUGGGCGUGACGGCAGGUGCUUACAUCCUCACAUUAUUCGCUAUGAAACAUAGAGAAAGAGUUCUGGGUUUGAUUCUUAUCUCACCGCUAUGCAAGUCGCCGUCUUGGUCUGAAUGGUUUUACAACAGAGUUGUCUCAAACUUGUUGUAUUUCUACGGAAUUUGUGGAAUGGUAAAGGAAUUUUUGCUUCAGAGAUAUUUCAGUAAGGAAGUCCGUGGUAACAUAGAGAUACCAGAGUCAGAUAUAGCACAAGCUUGCAGAAGACUGCUUGAUGAGAGGAAAAGUGUAAAUGUCGUGCGGUUUCUUGAUGCCAUUGAUCGGAGACCUGACAUAUCAAGUGGACUGAAGAAACUAAAAUGCAGGACACUUAUCUUUAUCGGAGAUCAAUCUCCCUUCUAUUCAGAAGCUGUUCACAUGGCAGCAAAUAUGGAUAGAGGAUACUGUGCUUUGGUUGAGGUUCAAGCUUGUGGUUCAAUGGUAACAGAGGAGCAACCACAUGCAAUGUUGGUUCCAAUGGAAUAUUUCUUGAUGGGUUAUGGAUUAUAUAGACCGUCUUGUUUCUCAGAGAGCCCAAGAAGUCCUCUUAGCCCUUGUUGCAUUUCACCUGAGCUUCUCUCUCCUGAAAGCAUGGGAUUAAAGCUUAAGCCUAUCAAAACUCGAGUUUCGACUUGCUGA